AUUUUAGAAACCUGGAAUAAUAUUUCUGCAAAGAUGAUUAUUAAAUCAUUUAAAAAGUAUAAUAUUUCAAAUGAAUUGGAUAGAACAGAAGAUGAUUUGUUAUAUGAUUCAGAUAAAAAGAAUAGUGAUUUAGAUAAUAAUGAAGAUUCACUUAAAAUAGUAAAUGAAGAUAGUUUGUCUGCUGAAAAAUUAGAAUUAGAAGAUUAA